AUGCCCCCCAAGAAGAAAGCUAGGGACGCUAGGGACUCCAAAAAGCUGAAGCAGACUAAACUCUUCGAGAGCCCAAAAUCCUCACCUCCGGUCAAGUGGCAGACGCGUCAGGCGGCCAAUCAACAUCCUCCUGCUUCUGCUUCGAAACGGCCAGAGCCAUUGUUCUGCGACUCUUCCUCAGACGAGAUCGGCGACAUACACUUUGUGCCAAAGACCCCCGAAGUUGUGUCCUUAAGUGACUCGGAUGAAGACAUCCCAAUCUCGCCUAAAUCCACGCGCAAGAGACGUCUGACGCGUCGAAGCAGUCCAAGCGGGAGUGACAAGGAACCGGAUUCAUCUCCGAUAACUAGGAAAGCUGACAAGAGCGACGACUCGGACGAUUCGCCACCGCGCAAGAGAGGUCGCCUGCUUCGGCGACGACCUUCACCAAGCACGGCGGAUGCGACGGACUCUGAUGAGCACAUCGCUGACAUUGCGAACGAAGUAGAUGAAGAAAGAAUAUUGGAGGAUAGGCUCCGAACACGCAAUAAAAAGUCGGCAUUUCAGAAGAAUCUUGAGAAACUCAAGCGUCGCAAAAUGAGAGGCACUCGUGGUAAAGACACCUCUGAAGAGGAGGAGGAGGAGGAGGAAGCAUCAAGUAUUAAGCCUUUCAAAGGGGCGAAGCCUUCGAAAGUACUCGAUGAUGAAGAUUCUGAAGGAGAAGAGUCUUCCUCGAGUCGUCCUUCGGACUUCAUUGUCGAAGAUGAUGGUCCCGUUCAUCUGCCGGCCCAAUUCAGCAUGGAAACUCAUCAGGAUCUAUCUCACCAAUUCAAGAAAAUCUUUCAAUUUUUCGUUCAUAUUGCAGUUGAACCUCCUGAAGACCGCGCAACGUUCAUGCACCAACAAAUCAUGAAUGAAGAAUAUUUCUCUGUACCACUGCAGGUCACGCGCAGGAAGCUGCUAGGUCUGCGAGAUUCCCUAGUAGCGUCGUCAGUCUGGAGACCCGAAUUCAGAAAGAGCCUAGAACGAUACCCUGAGUUCGACCUGGUUGCUCUUGACUUUGCUGUUCCAUCAUGCGAUGCUUGUCAUCUCGGCGGAAGGCUAUCAACACGCCUUGGGCGGUUGAGUGGCUCCCCAUACAACAGGUUCGGAUUCGAAGAACUGCCCGCCGAGGAUUCCGAAGAUAAAAAGGAAUACAAUCUCGGACGUUUCUGUGGAAAACGAACGAAGACUGAGGUGGUUUUAUUUCCUGCGAACCGCCAGCAUUCAUUAUUCCAGGCCAUCCGAAGAGAAAUCGAUGAAGCUCGAAGUUCGUUGUCAUCAAGUGGCUUUCUACGCGUCGCGUAUUUUGGCGGUAAACAAAAGCCUCCGAAAAGCCUCGGAGACGCAGACGCACUUUGCGAUUGGCUCGAUGAACGGAAAAUUAUCGAAAUGGAGUGGCACAAAUUGAAGACCAUGAUGGAAAGCGCCCAUCAUCUCGAGCUGCACGCGAAGAAGGGGGACGACGAGGAUUGA